AAUCCCACCUUUUAUUAACAUACAAGGUGUUGUCGUAAGCCGUGGUAGGGGACCGUCGUAAUACGCGUUAAAACAAUACUCGAGCUUCUUCAAAUGUGGAUUCAUUUGCGUCACGUUUGUAAGCUUCGCGGGCACUUUAGUUUUACGACAUUAAUCACGGAAUGUCAUUUAGCUUGAAUAUGUGCCGUUUAUACAUUGCAACGCGACUUUAUUAUUAAAUGUGAAUUUUUUUAAAAUUAAGCAUAUUUUUUUGGACAAUCCUGUGAAAUAAUAAUCUUUUAUAAAAGUAUUUCACAUAUUUAUGUUUAUCUUUGAAUGUGAACUUAUUCGAUUUAAUAAAUUAUGCAGCUUGUCUGUAAUCAACUGAAAAUGAGAAAAGGGAUAAGCGAAAUGAAAAUGAAGAAAUAGAGAGUAUAAGUUACUAUCUUCAUCCCAUAAAUUCAAGUUUUCAUUACUUUUCAUUCAGUGAAUCUUGAAUGGAUAAUGCGUACAUCUUCUAUCAGAGUUGACGGAAUGUUGUUGAUACUAUUGUUAUCUUUUUGUGCAAUUACUAUUCAUGGGUUUAUUUUACAACAAGCUCUAAAUAUUGCUGGAUGCCUAGCGGCAUGUAGAAAUGAAUCAUGCCGAAAUAGUUGUCCACAACCCACGGAUGGAUUAGAGCCUUAUCCAGGAAUAAACGAGAAAACUGGCGCAAACGUCAGUUUGCACUGCAGAGGAACGAACACGCUAAUAAUUAAAUACACUCCUGGGAUCUAUGUUAUUGAACAAAGUAUUUCCAUUGAUACCUGGGGUGUACCUAUAGUGAGCAACGGUGGAUUAUCGAUAUUUUCGAAUUUGACAACGGGUACGCUUUAUCGUUAUCGUUUACGCAGGCUAACACAGUAUGGUGUUUCAUUAGCCGAAACGUCGGAUUGGUUUUCAACUUAUGCAGUUGAUUAUCAACCACGCGAAGUUGAUUAUAUUUCACUUUUGAAAAUCGAAGAAGAAAGAAAAAAUGUAUAUAAAUUGCAAGCGGAAAUUAUUUUUGAGCCUGCUGAAGAUCGAAGCUGCAAUUAUAAUAUAUUAUUUUGGUCCGGAGAACAUAACUUGAUCAAUUUCGAUUUAAAAAAGUCUUUAGAUUUCCGCUUUUUUCUCAGACGCUUACAAUACGAGGAAAACAAUACUGUAUCAAUUCGAUCGGGUAAUGAUAAUUUCUCGAAAAUCAGUAAUGCAACGAUAUUUACUUUUAUCACGCCAUCGUGCUUGGAAAUUCAUCGCAAUUUAAGCACCUGCGCACCUGAAAAGGUGAAAGGUUUACGAGCAAAAUAUGUUCGAAAACAUCAAGGAUUAUACGACAUCGCAGUCAGCUGGAACAAACCCAUUUUACAACCAGACAAUUACACAUUACAGUUUGAAUCGUUUCGAUACGAACCCUAUCUGUUGACUGUAUCUGGAGACGCACUCGAAGCUUUCUUCUUGAAUGUCCAAGUAGGACCGCAAUAUGAAAUCAGUAUCGUGGCAGAAUCAACGGGUGGUGUAAGUUUAUUGUCAACUAUAACAGGGAACAUCGAUGAAGUAGUAGAGUUACCUUAUCGCGAGAUUAUCAUAGCAUUACCGACAUUAAUUAUCAUUACGGUAGUGUUUGGGGUAAUUUGUAUGCAGCAUUGUAACAAGAAGAAUAAACAGAUUAAUAUGGAAUAUAUGCAUUUUGAGGAUUCUAUAGAUUCUCUAAAAAAACCUUUAAAGCGAGAUUAUGCGGUCGAAAAUGGAGACACUCUUUUGCCAUACGAUAAAUUUGAACUUAAUCCACAAAAGCUGAAACUUAAAGGUGUAUUGGGCACUGGUGCGUACGGUAUUGUCAGGCUUGCCUCGUUGCACGAUGAAUUCGAUGCUGUCACAGAUGUUGCUGUCAAAAUGAUGAAAGAUGAUCCAACGAUAGAGGAUAUAAAAAGCUUUCAUCAAGAAAUUUCAAUGAUGAGGUCCGCUGGUCAGCAUCCGAACAUAGUAUCUUUAAUCGGAUACUGCACUUUGUAUAAUAAACCUUUACUAGUAGUGGAAUACUGCAGUAAGGGAGAUCUACAAACGUAUUUAAGAACGGUUUGGCAGAAUUUAGUAAAUGCAGUAUUCGAACAUAGGACUCAUUUGAAAUUUGAACCGCUGUCCCUUGCCAAUAAAGGCACACAUCAAGGAAAGAACGGAUUUUUCUGUGAGAACACACGCACAAUCACUAAUCAUUUAUAUGAUAUCCAGCAAGAUGUAAUAAAAUAUACAGAAAAUAUUACUUCCGCUGAUUUACUGAAUUUCGCUAGACAAGUAGCUACAGGAAUGGAAUUUUUAUCUUCCAAUCGGAUAGUACAUCGUGAUUUGGCUGCUCGUAAUGUAUUAGUGCGACCGGAUAGAGUAGUGAAAAUUUCAGAUUUUGGUCUCAGUCGUGAUAUCUAUCAAGAAAAUGUUUAUCGAAAGAAAGGUAAUGGCAAAUUACCUUUGAAAUGGAUGGCAAUUGAGGCUUUGACGCAUCAAAUAUAUACUACUUAUAGCGAUGUAUGGGCUUUUGGCAUUCUAUUGUGGGAAAUAGUCACUUUAGGUGCCAUGCCAUAUCCUGGAACUCCCACAAAUAGAAUUUUGCAACUUCUUAAAUCUGGAUACCGGAUGGAAAGACCACCAAAUUGCGGUAGAGAAUUAUAUAAUAUAAUGUAUUCGUGUUGGAAUCUGAGGCCGCAAAGUAGACCGACUUUUACUGAAUUGAAACAAAGUUUAGACAAAUUGCUCAGUAAUUAUUCGGAAAAUAAAUACUUAAAUCUGUAUGAGAUUCUACAAGAAUCAACUGAUGAAAUUAACGGGCCAAAAUCGCUCAAUACUACAUGUUAAAUAAA